ACUUUAUAAGCUUUUUUGGGUCUCUUCACGUGUUGCGGACCAUCGGCCGCUUCCCUUGGUGCAGGUCGGGGGAGCACCGAUUUGGCCGUCGUUCGGUGGAGAAGGGAAUAACACAGAGAGACAGAGAGGAGAGGCCCUUCCUCUUAGUCAGUAUCCUGCUCAUCAGAAGUGUGCAAAGAUCGCUGGUGUCGCCACGGCUGCUGCGGUGGCACAACAGCAACCAUAGAGCAUGUCCACCAUCUCAGCUCCGUAGCGACGCUUGCACCAUGGCCACAGUGGGCGGAAGUAGACGGCCGAGAAUCGCAUGCGUGCAGCUUGACAGCAAGCACGCCGAUGUCGAAGCAAAUGCACGCCAAGUCGAGGCCCUGACCAGCCGCUUCGAGCCAGGCGAGCUCGAUAUGGUUGUGUUGCCCGAGAUGGCCCUGACUGGAUACGUCUUCGGUUCGGCCCAAGAGAUCCAACGCCUGAUCGAGAGGCCCUUCGAUUCACCCCCGCAGUCGCCCUCACUGCAGCUGGCCGCCAAGCUCGCGACGAGGCUCCGGUCCUACGUCAUCAUCGGCUUGCCGUUCUAUGGCUCCGAAAUGCGCAGUGGUGCGCUCUCGUCCCCCUUUGAUGCUCGCCCCGCAGAGGCCAAGGCCAAGGAGAGUGUGUCACCGGGUCGAGGCCCUUACAACGGCGCCCUGCUCGUUGAUCCAAAUGGUCAUGUCAUCCACGCCUUUCGAAAGCACUUUCUCUUCGAGACCGAUGAGACCUGGGCUCGCCAAGGACCCGGCUUCGAGCUCAUACACGUACCACGGCUAGGCAAGAUCUGCGUCGCCAUCUGCAUGGACUUGAAUCCCUGGAAUUUUGAGGCGGAGGAAAGCAAGUGCGAACUCGCCACCUUCUGCAAAGAGGCAGACGUCGACGGUCUCAUCGUCACCAUGGCCUGGCUGCGAUCGAGGGCAGCCGCCGCGGACGACGACCACGGACUGUCCGUCAUCAACUACUGGGCCAUGCGUCUUCGGCCUCUCCUCAGCGUUGGCAUACCGAUGCCAGAGUCCGCCGCCCAGUCUGCAUCGCGCCCUCGUUUCUUCAUCGCCGCGAAUCGGAGCGGCACGGAGCAGGGCUUGGCAUUCGCGGGUUCCUCUUGUGCACUUCAGAUUGACUCGGAGCAAAGGCCCAUUCUCAUUGGCCGUCUGCGAGAGACAGAGGGUGUGCUAGUCGCCGAAAUAUGACCGUAAUCGCUGUGA